AUGGCGCUCGCGCGAUCGGCCAGCGGUCCUGGUGGACUGUCCAUCAACACAGGUGCUGCAAAUUUAUUUGGCUCCGCUGCCUCGCAGGCUCCCGCAGCCGGUGGCCUCUUCGGCACCGCCGCGAAGCCCGCGACGGGCGGUCUGUUCGGAAGCGCUACUACGACCACACCCCAGCAAACAGGCGGUCUCUUCGGUUCGACGCAGGCUGCCCCCCAGGCGCAGACGACGGGCGGACUCUUUGGAGCGGCGGCGAAUAAACCCGCGGGGGGCGGACUCUUCGGCGGCCAGCAGACGCAGCAACAGCAGCAGAGCGGUGGGCUGUUUGGCUCGACAGCGACGACCCAGCCUAGCGGUGGAGGACUCUUUGGGGGUGCCACGCAACAGGCUGCGAAGCCGAGUCUCUUUGGUGCGGCUACUACUUCUGCGAUUCAGCAGCCUCAGCAGACUGGUGGGUUAUUUGGAGCGUCGACGGCGGCGCAGCCGCAGCAGGCGUCGUCGCUGUUUGGAGGUGCGCAGCAGCAGCAGCAGCAGCAGCAGCAGAAGCCGGCGGGUGGAUUGUUUGGCGCUACGACGACUACUCAGCCGCAAGGCAGCUCUUUGUUUGGGCAGCCUCAGCAGGCCCAGACGGGUAGUAUCCUUGGUGGCCAGCAACAACAGGGUGUCCAGCAAGCGGCCCCCGGUGUCCGAGUCGACCUCACGCAAGUCAAGGGCUCCACCAAGUUCGACGACCUAACCAAGGAGGGCCAAGCGCUCAUCACCACAAUCGAAGCCGCUAUCCAAAAGGUGAGCAAGUGGAAAGACGAGAUCGCCGGCUACACGCCCGUGCACGAGCAAGAAAUCAAACAACUGGCCGUCGACGUAGCCUACCUCCAAAACAAAUACGAACUCGUCAAGCGCGCCGUCCUCGAAGGCGACGUCGCAGCCGUCCAGGAACUCCGCAACCUCAGCAACAAGAACAUCGACGACGCGCAGACGGUCGGCCGCGCCGUCGAGAACCUCAAACUCCCCGCGCACUACCACCUCCCCGGACUCUGGACGGCGUCGGGCGCUAACACGAGCUUCGGGGCCGAUCCCAACGAGACGGAUCUCAUUGGGUUCUUUAACAGGCAGUGCGCGCAGCUGAGCGAGCGGGAUCAGAAGCUCAGGGCGUAUCUGGCGGAGAUUCAGCAGCAUAUGCCCAACGUGGAGGGGGGUCUGUACCAGAAGCUUACGGCGCUGCAGAAUCAUAUGGGGAAUUCGAAUAGUGCGUUUGAGGAGAUGAAAGCGACGUUGGUGGAUAUGAGGAAUGCCAUUAUAAGGCAAGCUGUGGAGGUGGGGAAGACGAGGGAGGCGUUGACGAAGUUGCAAAUGGCGUUCCUUAAUCCUAUUCUUUAG